AUGGCCGAACCAACGUCCAGUGCCAGAGCUACCCAGACAGGGGGGUUGCAACAGAUUCGAGUCGGUCCGAAAGUUGGGACUCUUCUACUCGCAGUAGGUGGAGUCGGAACAACUCCUCCAGAGCAUUGGACGAACUCGAAAGGCGAGCUAUGGCUGGGCACACUGGAUGCUCAAAGUGCGCCUGACAUCGGUCUUCUGUCUUUCCCAAAUCGACUAGCGAUAAAUGGCGUUCUCUUCGAACGGGAUAUUGAACAAGAAGGCACUUCUCUUUUGACUGAGUUGCGUCGUCUCGUUGAAGAUGAGACCGUGAUACGAGCUCCAAUCGUGAUGGUCGCUCAUAGCUUAGGUGGCUUGGUUGUGAAAAGGGCCAUCUGUCUAGCAAAGCAAAGUCCUAGAACUUUCCGGAAUGUGAUACGCAGGAUCGCAGGAUUCGUAUUUAUGGGUUGCCCGCAUUCUUGCUCUCGCGACCUGGAAGAUUGGACUGGGGUAGAAAACAUUCUUCAAAAAUUCACCAAGGGGAGGAAUAAUCUCCUCGAUCCGCAGUGUGUUCAAAGCUUGGCUGUGGACUGUGAAAGCUUCCAACUCAUCUUAGCUGGAGACAAAAAGCCAGUGCUGACCAUGAGCGAGAAGAAAGGAAUGAGCAAGCAGUUGAUUGGAAAGAAGCAUAUAGUGGGUCUCCUUGCUGACUAUCGCUCAUUCCAUGAGUACGAGGCUAACAAAGAACAGUUCGUUGACACGAAUUCGGCAACUAUUGGCCAUAAUCAAGAGACUGUGAUAGAGGAUAAUUCUAAUCAUCGGGAUCUUUGCAUGAUGUCCGCCGGGAGCGCAACUCUUGACAAGAUUGUUGGUUUUCUUCAUCUAGCACUAGAUGACACAAGGAGAGCUAUCGCGAAGGAUUCUCCACGAACCAAUAGACCUUCGGUCUUUGAUGCAUCCACUGUCAGAGACCAAAGUAGCGACGAAGAGAAUAUCUUAGGGGUGAUAACUGAAUCCCUAUCAGGCCAGGAUCUUCUUCGAGGUGCUGGUCGGUCCAUUUUGACACCAUCAGAACAUGCCUCUUCCACCAACCGUGGAUCAUGGACGAAGGACGCUACAGCAGGCAGUGAUAAGAUCAAUCCUGAAGCUCUUUCCGCCUUGAAGGAUUUUACGGAUUUCAAUACUGAUCAGCGAGAUCCUAUCUUGCCUUGCAAGUACAUUCCAUUACCUCGAGAUCCUGUUUUUUCCGGACGAGAGGAUACACUAGCAAGCAUUCGGCAAGAACUUCUAGCCUCUGUGCAGGAGAUCGAAGAUGGAUCCAAUAGUUCUCUUAGUGAGAUCAUCGCCCCGUUGAAUGUUUAUUCUCUCUGUGGGCCAGGAGGAAUGGGGAAAACUUCGAUUGCCAAUGAAUUUGUCCACAGGUAUGAGAAGGACUUUGAUGCCGUUUUCUGGGUUGCAGCGGAUGAGGAGACCAAGCUCUUCAAUAGCUUUCGAGAGAUCGCUCUCAAGCUUGGGAUUAUUUCUAACGCCGAUGGCAAAGAUCUCCCAGCAAUCCGAGAAAAGCUCUUGGCAUGGCUCGCCAACCCUCUUCGGUCAUAUGAGCACAUGGACCAUGUCAAACCAGAAAGAGCAUCUUGGCUCAUUGUGUUUGACAAUGUGGAUCGCGCUGAUACACUGGAGGAUUUUUGGCCGAAAGACGCUGCUGGCUCGGUACUAGUCACUUGUCGUGAUCCAUUGAUCAAAAGCUCCAUCUAUCUGAGAAAUACCGGAACUAUUGUUCCCGAGCUAUUGGAAGAAGAGGGGGUAGCCCUACUCCUUCGACUCACUCAUCGAGAGAGCGAUGAAGAUGAUACCAAAAAGGCUCCUGAGGUGGUUCAAGCCUUGGGUAGAUACCCCCUUGCCAUUGCACAAAUGUCUGGCGUCAUACUAGCUCGAGACCUUGGAUUUAACGAAUUUCUCGCACUGUAUUCCGAGGAAACAGAACGAAGAGAAAUGCUUGGGAUUUCAGAAGGACAAUCAGCUUCUCUUCGUCGGUACAACCAGACGCUUGGUACUGUUUGGGCAUUAGAUGAUCUGAAAGACGGCAGAGCAUUACUCGAAGCCAUAUCAUUUCUUGAUCCCGAUAGCAUCCCUGAAACACUCCUCGAAAAUAAUCCGGCUUGCAAGGAUUGGAAUCGCUAUCCUCAAACCUCGUUGGAAUACUCAAAGGCUCGUGCUGAGCUACUUUCGAGGUCACUGAUAUACAGGAACCGGGGCAAGAAGACCUUGCGUAUCCACCGACUGAUACAGGACACAGUGAGAACCCAGAUGGAUGAUGCAACAUUCACUGAAGUAUACUCACGAGUGUUGGAUAUGAUCGGUGCACGAUGGCCGCGAGUCUUCAAAGGCUUCGGGAAUGUACAAACUGACUGGCAACGGAAUUCUGAGCUCUGGGCCCAUAUUCUGUCAUUGUUCAAGUAUCGUGAUCGCUUUGACCCCACCACUGCUAAUCUUGCCGUUUCGAUCAAGCGGAUGAACUUCGCCCUGGAUGUUUUAAUGUUUAGCAUAGUCGAUUCCCGAUUCAGCGCCUCGCCAACCAUGCUAAUAUUCUACGGUUUCUUGAGAGGCUCAAUUCACCAGAACGAGCCAAAUUUCGAGCUACAAAUGAUGGAUAUCUUCUUCCUCUACUGCCGAGGAGAACUCGGGUUACAUACCAACGACCGUGAAUAUCCUUUGCCUGAUUUUGCCAAAUGCGUCGAGCAGCUAGAUUCAUUACUUGACGAUGAUGCUAAGAAGGCUGAUUCGUUCUUUGGUGCCGCGGUGAAUGAGCUCGGUUGCGCCUAUUUGAUGAACUGGAACGAAGAGGACGGUCUGGUUCAAUUCGAGAGAUCAGCCACGAUUCUACAGAACCUGAAACACCCCUCAGCGCAGGAAACGAGUAUGGCACAAAUCAAUGUGGGAUUUGUAUAUGGUUAUCUUGGUCGGUACGAUGAGGCUCUGGAGAUCUUCAAAGCUGCAUUGAGGGAUCGUCACAGAGAGCUUGGUCAGGAUGACUAUUCUUCGUUUGUGAACGGGAAAUUGUAUAUGGGCUGGGGGAAUGUCCUGGCUGCACAGGGUCGACUUGACGACAGCUUUAAAUUCCACGUCAAAUGUCUGGAGCAUUACAAGCGUUCUGUUGGCAACUUCCACCACCGAACUGGUGAUGGAUGUGUAAAAGCAUCGGACCAUUUUGCUCGCACAGGAGAUGAUCCCACAGCGCUGGCGUUGCUGGACCAAGCUCUCAAAAUCUUCAAACUUGACCCAUACCACAAACCAGAAGCCGCCCGGGCUCACUAUAAGAAAGGGAACGUCCUGAGGAAAAUGGAACAAGAAGAAGAAGCCGAAAAGGAAAUGGACACGGCUCUUGAGAUUUUUAACAGCAUCGUCCCUCUUGAAGAUCGCGUUGGAAGCAUUGAUAAACUGGAUGAUGAGGACUUUGAUCAUUGGAUCAUGUUUUGGUCUCGGUAA